AACACGACAGAGUCUUCCGAGUACGUCUUUGUCUUCCAUCAAACCAGACUGAAUAAGCGGCCUGCAAGCAUCUCCAUAUUGAGACUGGACUCAACAUCAACGUACUCUCGCCGCCGAACUGUCAACUUGGCCACUCAGAAACCAUCGCAACUUUCUCGUAAUACAUCCAAAUAACGCUGAGCGAUCUUGACUCGCUUCGUAUUUAUUAUCAUUGAAACCCAGUUCAAACCUAGUCACCUGCCUAUGUUUUGCUAAAUCAGCUGUUGGAAGAGCAAAGUUCAGCGGGUUGAAAUCCACGUUCCUGCUCUUCUCCAGUGCUGAAGAUUCUUCAAAUUGAUUUACAAGGCGGAGUGUGAUUCAAGUAGCUGGAGAAUAGCUGGAAGAGUUGUGAAUAUCCUCAGAGGUGGUGUUUGGAGAAGUUUACCACGUGACGUUGUCAUGCGAUGGUGGGAGUGAUUAGCCGGAGAUGUUGGCCUAAAGACGCUGGCUGCUGAACAACGCAUCACCCAGACGGAUUACGAACUCUUUGUGACCGGAGUGACUAAACCCAAAUUCACUAGACAAACGCACCAAGAGCCGGCCAUCCGGCGUCACGAACCACCAAUGUCCUCGUCGCCAAACUCCAUGCCCUCGUCGCUAAACUCGACCUCGCUCCCCGCAUACGACGACUACGACAUGGCCAUAUCCACCUUUCCCAAUCUCACCCCCUCCAACAUCACACUCCUCACUCCUGAACGUGCUCCCCUCCAUAUCGUGAUCUCCAUGACAGUCCUCUACGGCGUCAUCUUCUUCCUCAGCGCCUUGGGCAACACCACGACCAUCAUCACCAUCGUACACAACGGGUACAUGCACACGACUACCAACUACUAUCUCCUAAACCUGGCCAUCUCCGACCUCCUGCUCCUUAUCACCGGACUGCCCUUCGAGCUGUACUCCUUUUGGCGACCCCACGGUCAACAUGUCUUCGGAGAGGCCUUCUGUGUCCUAAGGGGACUUUGUGCCGAGACUUCCACCAACGCCUCCAUCCUGACCAUAGUGUCCUUCACGGUGGAGCGGUACCUCGCCAUCUGUCAUCCCCUUCUACAACAUACUUUCUCGGGACUAUCCAGAGCGAUCAGAUGUAUCGUUCUUGUGUGGGCGGUGUCGCUUCUCUGUGCGCUGUUCCCUGCUCUUCAGUUUGGAAUCAUGUUCGAACGAGACGAAGAUGGAAGGAUCAUCCCAAGUCAAGGCCGCUGUACGGUGGUGCGUGAGGUGUUUCCUCACGUGUUUGAAGCAUCGUCGGUGCUGUUUUUCUUCAUGCCGAUGUUGAUCAUCACGUUACUGUAUAUCCAGAUCGGGUUGAGACUUCGCAGACAUCUAAGGAGAUGCGUGGCACGGGCAAGUCUUCGUGGAAGAACAAGCGCUGGAGUGCUGGCGGCGAGGAGUGCUGUGGUCAGGAUGCUAGGUGAGUUGUUACGGGGGAAGCGGGCUUGGGGCGGCUGCUCUUUGGGUGGAGAUGCUGG